UCAACAAAGCCCGUACAGCGCUCUGACAGCACAAGCCGUCGAACAAUGGGCCUGACUCGCGUCUAACUGUUAGCGUUGAACUAGUCGUCAGCUGAUCUGUACGCGAUCGUUGGGCGAGUGGAAGAGUUCCAUAUUCUGUGUGCACUCCUGCUUACACCACGGCAUCGCCCUAGUGGAUGUUUGCUGUUCCUGGGAAAAGCGCGGGAAAGUGUCGUCUGCUUCAUUCUCCGUUUCAAGAGUUCUCGAGUUUCAUCGUCUGCUGACGAACUGUUUUCGUCAGUAGCUAUCGCCUCCCGACCGAUCAACACAUGAAUACAGAGCCUCUUUAAGAUGUGAGAGGAUCAUUUGGAAUUUUAUUAUAAACUGUAAUCGCCGAGUGAAAAAUGGAUUCCAUGGAUUGGAUACGGUGCUUUUUGUGCGUGGUUUUCAUUUCAGCUGUUGAGGGAUAUAACCACAACCAAGAUCAUGCCUGGCAGGGUGGAGAGCGCCGACCUUCCCGCGGCCUUGGAGACAAUGAAGUGCCAGAUCAAGAUGAGGACACGAUCAGAAUGACAGAGAUUUGUGCCAGUGGGGGAAGUAAAAUGAAAUGCUCUCAAAAUGAGACUCUAGAAAUCGGAAAUAUAGUGUGUGGGGGUGGCAGCCACGCCUGCUCCCCGGGCACCAAUGAAACGAUAUUCUCCGUGUGUCAUGGACAAAGGACAUGUGCCACACUCGGCUUAAGGACAAUGAUGGACUCUUACUGUGGAUACCUUUUUGACAUCACGCGACAGAUCCACGUGACUUUCAGGUGUGUCACAGCAGCCAAGAUCGGUCACCCAUGUAAAUCCAACAUCUGUCACCCAGACAACAAGGGACUACAGUGUCACAAUGGCGGAGUGAUACACAUAGUGGGAGCACGCUGUCUGAACGGCGUGUCACCGUGCUCCUGGCCGACCUACGUGUCAUUGUAUACUCUCUGUGAAAGUCAGGACGCAUGCGCAGCUUCUGGGUUGAAGAUGAUGAUGCCAAAAUAUUGCAACCACCAAGACAAGUCAAAGAGAAACGUGCAUGUGGAUUAUAUCUGCUUGCCCAGACACACGAUAGAAAACACGUGCGACCGGAACUACAAGGAACUGACUGGACGUUUCGGAGUGAUGAUGAACCCUGGGUAUAUUGGCACCACAGACUCUGGGACUCCAUCCAGACAAUGCUAUUGGUUGAUCAGGCAACAUUCGGGUAACACGGUCAAGGUCACCGUUCACCUCGCGUAUAGGAAAGCAGGAAUGCCGAACUGUAAUACCCAGUUUCUGCAAGUUCGGUAUACAGAAUGCCGAACUCAGAGCUCCCGGAUCAACUCGUACUGCGAUUUGAAGAAGGUGAAUCAGAAGAUCGUAUCAUGCGGCGAUGUUUACAUAACGAGUUUCCUGCCUCCUUCCAUCGAAGACCUUUCCGACAGGUUUCUGGUUUCAUAUACAGUUGUUAAUAACACGAACGCCAUUAGUUAUAUCCCCCUUGAAGAGGUCACCACGUGUGGGGCGGACUUACCGGUUAUGACGUCAUCGACGACGUCCACGCAUGGGAAGCACGUGUCCGGCAGGAACUAUGGUCCUAAAGAUUCACUAUUUGAUUACACAGAUGACCAAUCCAAACAUGACACAACAGAGUCAGAAGACUCUGACCUAUCCGUCAUCCCACUCAGAUUAAAGCUUGUGAUCUUGUACGUCUUUUUCGGCAUUGUCAUCCUCGCUCUGCUCAUCGCUCUAGUGUUCGUCAUUGUCAGUUAUCGUGGAAUAGCCCAGAAAGGUCAGUACAAGGUUGAAUCGAGCGAAAAGAUAGCCUUGUGGAAAAACGAUGACACGACACAAAUUGAAGGUGUUCGACAUAACAGUAUUGCUGAAAACUCGAACCCCUCCGAAGUCACAGAAAUCCACACUCCAGGAUCUCAAACUGACGAGGGAAAACACACUGUGGCCACCGUCCACAACCUGUCCGCGACGGACGGCCAGAAACGAACCAGCGGACGCUUCUCCAGCUUCAGGGACCCCAAAGACGACGACUCCAACGACGGGUACAACCAAUAUGCCUCUUACACAAGUCUAACAAGCGACGACAUUCCCAUCCGCUCGAACAGAGCGUCCAACGAGAAGGCGAAGAAGGGGAGCGGAAGCGCACCAGAGGAACAACCACUAGUUUUACAGAACGGGACUCUGUCUGUUCCCAAUGGCGUGGAACAUUAUACGAUCAAUGACGAUGAUUAUGCAAUUGUGCGAAAACCUAAGAAACCUGCAAAUAAUGUAAAAGAAACCAAUGUGGAUGACAUCGAUCCCACAUAUGACAAUUUGUUCGAUGAAGAACUCGUCGGAUUCAAACCAACGUCAGGGCCUUAUGAUAAAAAUCGGGAUUCGGGGAUGGAGUUCAAUAUUCGUUUUUCUGCCCUAAACGGAUGGAGUGACGAUUUGUGAAACUGAUUGCGUGAUUCGUGUGGAUUACAAACGUGGCGACGGACAGGACCGACUGGAUCUGCGAAGGUUCUGUUUCACGUUGUGAAGAUGUGAUGGUGGUUUGUUUGAAUUUAUACGAUAAUGGCAUAAUGUGAGGUUGUGUGAGAUGGAAUGUUGCAUGAUACACAUGUGUACCCGUGUGCCUCAUCUGAAUAUUUAGUCCACGCCCAGUACCGAUAAAGUUCACGAAACACCGUUAGAACGGAACCUGAUAGUCCUGACACCCAUCCUAUUACCCAAUCUGUUUAUACAUACAAAGCAGUGAGUGAGUAUAGUUUUGUGCCGCUUUAGUAAUAUUCCAGCAUUAUCAAAGCGGGGGACACCAGCGAG